CCAAAAUACACAGCAUUUAAAAAAAUAAAUGAAAUCAAUUAUUAUCUUUUUUACACUUUUAUUAAUUACACUUUCAAUUUGCCAUGAAGGUCAUGAUCAUGGUGAAUCAGGUACUGGUGGUACAGCAACAAGUACCAAUACAGUUCUUUUAGAUGCAGAAACUAAUUUUGUAUUAACAUGGGACGUUGAUCAAGAUGCAGAAGAACUUUAUAUUGGUUUAACAGGUAAUUUUGCAGGAUGGUUAGCUUUUGGUUAUAAAUGUAUUGGUGAUUCAAUGGAAUGUGAAAUGGGUCACCCAGAUAUUAUAGCAAUUACAUACAAUAGUUUAGGUGAGCCAGAUUUCAGAGACAAGAUCGAUAAUAUGGAUAAAGGUGUUGUUGACGAUAGUGUACUUAAUGGUACCAAUAAUGAUUUUGUUACUUAUGGUGGUACACAAACUGCUCAUCAUACAAUGGCAUACUUUAAGAGAAAAUUCAAUACUGGUGAUGCCAAUGCCGAUUAUAUCAUCGAUAUUAACCAACCAUUUGAAAUUGUUUGGUAUAUUGGAACUGGUUUCGAUUUUGACUUUACUGAUUACACCAAAUACAAGUAUGGUACCGCUACAAUUAACCUCCUCGACUCUGGUGCUGCCCAAACUGACGAUACUGUUACCGCCAACCACGAUGUUUUAUUAGCCUGGCAUGCCGCUCUUAUGUCCAUUUCAUUUGGUAUUUUAAUUCCAUUCGCUAUUUUCAGCAUUCGUUACCUUGGUGGUUUCAAAUGGGCCUUCUAUUUCCAUCUUUGUAUUCAAGCUCUUGCAAUUUCAUUCAUCAUUGUUGGUUUCAUUUUAGCCUUAGUCGCACAUAAAGGUGUUCAACACACAUCUGACCCACACAGUGUCUUUGGUAUUGUUACUUUUGCUUUGGUUCUCUUCACUGCCUGCGGUGGUAUUUUAACAUGGCUUUUCAAAAAAGAAGGUAAUGCCAUUUUCCCAAAUCAAAUUCACAAAUACUUUGGUAGACUUGUUUCAUUGGUUUCAAUUGGUACCAUUAUGACUGGUUUAAAUCAAUACAGCACAGACUCUAAGAAAUAUCAAGCCAAUGCCUUCAUCGUUGUUUAUGCCAUUUUACUUUUAACCUAUGCUAUCAUUGCCAUCACUUUAGAAAUUUUCAAAAGAAAAUACGGUUUAACUCCAGGUGGUGAAAAAAAUGUUAAAAUGGAUCCAAUGAAAUAAGAUUAUAAAAAAAGUGUAUAUAGAAAGUAAUAAUUGAUCAAGAAAAAAGAAAAAAAAAAAGGUAAAUACAAUUCAACUAGUAAAAGAAUAAGUAUAAAUAUAUAUUUAAUCAUCCUCCUCCCAUCAUCCCUCUUCCCUCUUCCUAUUUUUCUUUCUACCUCUAUUUUAAAAAAAAAAAAAAAAAAAAAAACACAUUCAUAUUAUUUUCUUCUAUCCCUCUUCUUUUAUACACACAAACUCCUCUUCUCUUUCUUUCUUCUAUUUUUAUAUCUUCCUCUUCCUCUUCUUCCUCCUCCUUUUUAUUAUUUUAUUCCUCUACUUUUAACCCUAGACUCAAUUCCUCUUCCUUAAUUUUAUUUUUUUAACAAAUAUUCACUUUUUUUUAAAAAAAAAAAUAUUAAAAACAUAAAAAAAAAUAAAAAUUUAACGAAUAAAUCGUUCAUUUCACUAU